CGGUCAUACUGACCGUAAACCGAAACGAAGCACACGCAGGAAUUUUCGCAAAGAAAAACGUCGCAAAUAAAUACAUAAAAAGAGUUGUAAGGCUGAAAAACAAUUGUAAAUAUAUUCCUGGUAGACUUAUUAAACUGUUAAUCGACUAAAGUGUCUGCGGAGAAGGCUCCAAGUCUCGCAGAUUUUGGGGCGUGGAUGUGAUUAAAUUAUUUAAGAACGAUUAAUUAGCAGAAAUCAAAUGUAAUCAUAACAAAGUGGCCGAUAUUGCAAUACGAACAAAUGCUGUAAAAACGCAAAUUUUCUUAAAUUUUACUUGGUUGCGGACUUAAUUACGCAUUGUGAAAAUUUGUGAAAAUCAAAAUGGAGUCGCUCUGUGUCGUGGCAGGGCGCUGCCAACUUGCUUGAAAAAUGCAAAACUGAGUAGCUUUCACUUUUUAUUUGACCCAAAACGUCAUCUUUGGGUUGAGAAAGUAAAUAAAGUAGGAGCAUUCGUGCCUUAGCCGUUCGAUCGCAUGUUUUUUUUUUUUUUGUUAAUUUCGGCAAAGUAAAUUGUGGCAUUUUGGAGAGUGGACAUCCCCUUAAUGUUGCACUCGACUAUCGAUAACCGCUGAGCACACGUCCGCUUUUCUCAGUGCCUGAAAAACAGUCGCGAAGAACACGUUUUCUGCUGAUCUGCAAAUAAAGGAAAAACCUGGAAAAGGAGUUGAUUUUCAUAAUAAAAAAAAAAGAUCGGAUUUCUCCAUUUUUUGCAUCUGUUGCUUGGGACUUGUUUUUCCUUGGCUUUAACCGUGAAUUAUACUUUCGGAAGGCUCGCAAAAGCGAAAUUGACGGAAUUACGUAAUCAGUGGAAAUUUAGUAUCCAUUAAUUUCACGCACACUGGCGUCGCUACACACACGCACGUAUCAAUUUAUACACACACACACACACGCACGCGUAUGGUUGAACCUUCGCGUGUGGAAAAGGGACGGCAAUAGGACACACGGCGUUGCCAGACCUCGUUUUUCCGAAACGAAAAACAAAGGAAAAUGCCACGCAUAGUGCCGUUACAAUUAUUAAGGUGCCUUCGGGUGCUCUUGGACAACAACGGUGGAAUUUUAAGUGCUUCAGAGGUGAAACGCAUUUCGGGUUUGAUGGCCAAGUAUUCAAAGAAACUUGUUUCGAAAUGUGUUUAUGUACAAAUACUAAAAUCAACAAAGACGGAACUGUUGGGUGACUUUAUGGCCGUUGGCGGCUGGUCGCUGGUCUACACGUGGCUAAACGAUGCCAUCAGAGCGAUGAACUGGCCCUUGGUGCAGGAAAUCCUGGAACUGUUGCUGCUCUCCCCUGUGGAUGUCAAUCGGCUGAAGAUCAACUCGGCGCCCAUCUUGGUCAAGGGUCUGUGCAAGGAUGGCGGCAAUGAAGGUGUACGAAUUCUGGCCAAGCGUUUGGUGGAGCAGUGGCUAAAGAUUGUGACUGAGAACACUAAUGUGGUGGUCCAGACGCCGCUGCCUGCCAUCUCGUCAUCUCCUGCUCCUACGUCCACUGCCGCAGCUCCAGUUCCGGACUCUGCCUCUUCUUCCGACAGCACAGACAGUGCCGGCGUCCCUGUGACUUACACCAUCACCUCGGCGGCCAACAGCAGCAACUCCAACAGCAUAACCAUCAAGUGGAAGCAGAUUGAUAAGACAGAAGGCGAGGAGAUGCCCCACGCAGCUCAGAAACACAACGAGGAGGAGCAGCAGGAUGAGCGCUCUGCGCCCGAAGCAACAACCGACGUCAGCCUGGGGAAAAAGUCCAGUUUAGAUGAUAGUUGUUCAGGAGCGGAGGUUAAGUCCGGGGAGGACGUUGAUAAUAGGAAACAUAAAAGCGCCAAAAGCGACAAGAGUAAACGGUCUGAGAAGGAACGCGAGAAAGAUAGGAAGAAGGAGAGUUCCUCGAGUCAUAGGUCAUCGUCAUCUAGCCAUAAGUCGUCGUCGUCCUCUUCAUCCUCCUCCUCCUCUUCGAGGAACAGUUCCACAAAGAGCUCCUCUUCUUCCUCUUCCCAUCGCAGUUCUAGCGAUAAGCAGCGCGAUAAGGACAAGCCUCGUUCCAGUUCGGGCUCGUCCAGCUCAAGCAAGGACAGGGAGCGCAGCAGCAGUUCGUCCUCUUCCUCCUCGAAUAAACACAAGUCCUCAAAGUCCUCAUCGUCGUCGUCGUCGAGCUCUGGUUCUAGUUCGUCCAAAGACCGCAAGGACAAGUCGUCCUCAACAUCGUCGUCGUCGUCGAAGCUGGAGAAAGACAAAGAUAACAAGCUAAUGCCUCCGCCAUCAGCUUCGCCAUCGGCAGCUGCGUCUGCAUCUGCUUCUCCUUCGGAGAGCGAGGCACAAAAGCCCAGAUCCAUUCCUAUCAUGUCCAGAAAGGCCUCCAUUUCGAUUGAGAUACGCCGGGACACUGAGAAGACCGCCACUGUGAAGACAUAUCAGUCGAAAUUCAGGUCGCAUGGCCUGACGGAGGAGGCGCCUCCUCCUCCAUCGCGCAAGGGUCUGAAAAAGCCCACGUCGACGACUGCAGCGCCGGCUACUCUGAUGGCAGUACCACCUCCUGCCCUUAAGCGUCCUUCGCCGCCGCCCAGGGAUUCGCCCACCGAAAAGAAGUCGAAGAUCGACAUCAACAACGUCGCGGGACAUGUGGAGCGGCCCGGAGCCGCCAAGCUGAUUGCACCCAAAAAGAUUCAAACCCUGGUGGAGACCAAUCUGUUCUCGGACGCCCUGGCCGCCUCCAUCGAGCCCAAGAAGGUGGUGAAGCGCAAGCGAGCGGCGAACGCGAUGUCGCCCACGGACAAGGAUGCGCCGCUGGCGCCGCUCAAGUUCUACCAGGACACCCUGGACGAGUCGAAGGGGGAGGAGAGGUCGGACGACAGCAGCAAGGAGAACGACGAGGCCCGGUCCGCGUCGCCCGGCAAGGACACCGACGUGGACGACGACGACAUUCCGCUGAAGCGAGUCAAGGAGGACAUCGAGCAGAAGGUGCAGAAGGAGAAGGCGGCUUCGGGAGAAGGCGGCAGCGAGGCGGGCUUUGUGACUGACGCCGCAGACGACACCCCCGAGGAGCCCAAAAAGCCAGGACCUGGUUGCGGCCCCGACGGACCGCCCGGAGUCCUGAUGCUGCACCGCCGCAAGGGCCCCAAGAAGAAGCUCACCUGGCAGCCCGAGGACAAGCUGACCCAGGUGCGGUACUUCGAGGUGGACCGGUCGGAGCGCGUGAACGUGAUGAAGCAGAGCUUCCUGGAGAUGAAGAACAUGGAGCGGUUCAGCGAGCGGGACGCGCUGACGAUCGCGCGACGGGGAUUCGACGACACCAUGGAGCCGCAAAUGGAGUGGCGUCCCCUGAUCGAGGUGGACAACGUGCCCGACCACCCGAACGGGAAUCUCUCCAAGCAGCGGCAGGUGCAGAUGGACAGGGAGGCCACCACGCUGCGAGCCCUCUACUUUUCCCCGGACAUGAUCCCCGACAGCGCCGCGGAGGCCGAGCUGGAGCCGCACUUCGCCCACGACAUUCCCGUGAUCCCCAUGGACGACCUGACCGGCAACCCCGACGCGGUCAACGACUACAGUACCUUGCCGUGGCCAGAGCCGAAGGGAUUCGCUCCCAGCUCGGGAAUCGCGGGCAACAGUGCUCCGGACAUGGGCUUCAGCGACCCCAUGAUGCCGGGCCUGGGCGGCGGACCCAACAUGAUGGCGAACCCCUUCGACCCCUUCAUGGGACGCAUGCAGGCCCCCGCGGGGAUGCCGCCGGCACCCAACCUAAUGCCCAACCCGGUGCCCAACGGACCCCCGCAGAUCUGGCAGAACCAGAUGGGUCCCGGAGGCCCCGGAGGGCCAGGAGGUCCCAUGAUGAACGGUCCGGGAGGGCCCGGCAUGGACAUGAACAACAUGAACAACAUGCCGCCGCAGAACUUUAUGGGCAACCAGUUCGGCAGCCCAGUGCCACCGUUCGGAAACGGACCGCCCAUGGGGUUCAACCAAUACCCGCCCAUGAUGAUGAAUGGCCCCGGCCCGGGACCCCCGGGAAUGGGCCCCAACGGACCCGUGCGGUGCCCCAACGGACCCAUGAUGAACGGGCCGCCCAACGGACCCAUGAUGAACGGACCGCCGAACGGAAUGGGACCGGGACCCAUGCAGAACGGAGGAGGCCCCAGGAACAACAACAACAACAGGAACAAGAACAACGGCGGGGGCAACUGGCGCAGCGGCGGCAACAACUUCCAGGACAACUCAGGCGGCAACUGGCGGUCAGCGGGAUCUGGCCCCAACCGAGGAGGCGGCGGCGGCGGCAACACGGGCGUCUGCAAGCAAUUCAUGCGCGGCCACUGCAACAUGGGCAAGAACUGCAAGUACAUACAUCCGCAGAAGAAGCGCAUGUAGGACUAGCAGGGGUCUUCUGCGGAAGAUUCGGCUGUAUAGAUCUCAGACGCACAAGCACGCAGGUUCCGGCGUUCCACAACCCCAAGAAGACUGUAGCCAGGUUAGCCGCUGUGGAUAGUGCAGCUAAUGUACAUAUGUAUCUGAAUACUAUUCGAGUAGAGGCAGUUUAUCUAAUCACUAAGCUAUUAUACGUAGUCUAAGAUCCCGUUUGGUCCCCUUCCCCGAGGCAACUCGUUGUCGCUGCGUACUUAUACCGAAGGCUUCUUCAAUGUGGUGUCCCUAGCUUACUCCCUUAUUUUCUACUCCUUAUUAUGCAUAUUCAUAAAGUUACGUAUUUAUAAGCCUAUGGUUAGACAUUAAAGACCAAGUCAAGUGAUGAAAUA